AUGGUCAUGCAGCUCAUGGCCUUGGUUGUCAGUGUUGCGCUUAGUUGGCUGGUGUUGCUGCUGCUGAUGCUGGUGCCGGUGGUAGUGGCACUGUGGACAUCGAUUGGCAGCCUGUCGCUUCUUGACACCGGCUCAGCGGUGACUUCGGUAUUAUCUGUUCUCGUCAUCACAGAGGCGGUUGUGGCAUUGGGCUGUUGGCUUGCCAUCAUGAUGGUCGACGCUGGCACAGUCAAGAGGUCAGCCGAGACCACAGAACCGAUGCCAGCGAAGAUCGUCAGCCAUCUUGCCAGUGGAGAACCUAUGGACUCGCUCCCGAUGCUCGUGGUUGAGGAUGGAGAGAUCUUCUGUACUCAGUGUCUCGUUUGGCGCAGAAAGACCUCUUUGAAAGACUUCACAACCGUGGCUCAUUGGACCUGCUGUGUGCCACGACGACGCUAUGUGGAGCUGUGCGGUCACCAUUGUGAGAUCUGUAACCGCUGUGUUCCAGAUUUCCACGGGCACUCUAACAUGCUCGGGACGUGCAUCUCCAACAGGAACAUCUACUUCUUAGCAGUGCUGAUGUUGCAGGGCGGGCUGGGCUUCAUGACGGCCUUGAGCUCGGUGUUCAUCGUAUUCUUCCAGCGCGACAAGUGA